UAGUACUCCUCGAGGUAAGGGAAAGAGAGAAAAGCGAGCGAGAGAAUGGGCCAAGCAUAGUAUAGAUAAAUUUAUAAAAGAGAAAAAAGACCCAUUCUCUUAAGGUUUGCAAAAUUCAGGGUUUUGAUGGCGGUCACACUCCUCAUCAGAUCCCUUUAUCUUCUCCCUCUCUUCUUCCUCGUAGCAAAUGCAUUCUUGGAGAAUCUGCCAUUCUUUGGUGGAUUUGGUGGUGGUGAUGGUGGUGGUUUCCCUGUUUUCCCUGGUUUCAAUCCAGGAAGACAAGGAGAUAAUGGGGGUGGUGGCAACACCUUUAAACCGAUAGAGAAUAUCGGCGGCGGAUACACGGGAAGUUGGGAGGUGGCGUCCCAAAGCUCGCGUGUAUCAGCGAUGCACCUCAUCUUGCUACCUCCGACCAACAAGGCUAUUAUGUUUGAUGCUACAGUUUUUGGUCCUUCUCAGAUUGGAUUGUCAAAUGAUAAUUGCCGUCCAGUUCCAGGAAAGCCUAAGGAGAUCGAUUGUUGGGCUCAUGCCGUCGAAUACGAUACUGACACUGCCGCUACCCGUCCCCUCAAGAUUUUAACAGACUCAUGGUGCUCAUCCGGAGGACACGCUGUAGAUGGUACGAUAGUGAACACAGGAGGUUGGAACGAUGGAGGAAAAGCCACAAGGUGGUUGUCUAAUUGCAAAAACUGUGACUGGAGAGACUAUGCCACAGCCCUUUCAGGCCAAAGAUGGUAUGCCACCCAACAUGUCCUCGCCGACGGCAGCUUCAUCAUUGUCGGUGGUCGUCGGAUGUUCAACUACGAAUACUUGUCAAAGGAAGGACUUAACAACCCUAAAAACCAUCAGCUCCCAUUCCUCCGUGAGACCACCGACGAUGUAGAGAACAACCUCUACCCCUUCGUGUUUCUUUCGACAGACAAUAACAUCUUCAUCCUUGCCAACAACCGUUCCCUACUCCUCGACACAAAAACCAACACCAUUGUUCGCGAAUUCCCAGUAUUGCCCGGCGGCUCCCGGAACUACCCAGCUUCCGGCAUGUCUGCACUUCUUCCCAUGAGACUCCAAGAGGACAAUCCUCAAGUAGUCCCUGCAGAAGUCAUAGUCUGUGGAGGUGCAAAACCAGAGGCGGGCAAGCUUGCUGAGAAGAAUAUAUACUUGGAAGCCUUGAAAAGCUGUGGAAGACUUGAGAUCACAAACCCUAAUGCCGAGUGGGUAAUGGAGGACAUGCCCAUUCCAAGGGUGAUGAGUGAUAUGCUUAUCCUCCCAACCGGAGAUCUCCUCAUAAUCAACGGUGCACAGAAGGGUGUGUCUGGUUGGGGAUUCGCUGAUGUUCCAGCCUUCAAUCCUCUGUUGUACUCUAUUGAUGGUCAAGAAGGAGAACGGUUCAGAAUACUAAAGGGAACCACAAUUCCACGUAUGUAUCAUUCCUCCUCAGCCGUGCUUCCAGAUGGCAAGAUUCUAGUAGCUGGCAGUAACACAAACAAUGGGUAUCUCUACACUAAGGUCAAGUUCCCCACAGAGCUUAGGGUUGAGAAGUUCUGGCCACCUUACUUGGACCCUCUGCUAGACCCAAUCCGGCCGGAGAUCAGUGAGGCACCCAAAAAGAUUAAAUACGGGAAGCGAUUCCGAUUACAAUUCUCUGUCGGACCGCCUUUGAUAAAUCCAGAGGAGGUGGAGGUGACCAUGUAUUACCCACCUUUCACAACCCAUGGUUUCUCCAUGAACCAGAGGCUGUUGAUCUUGGCUAAGACUAUGGUUUUUCCAGUUGGGUUUGGGCAGCAUCAGGUUACUUGUCUGGCUCCGGCGACUAGUGUGAUUGCUCCUCCUGGUUAUUAUCUUCUCUUCGUGGUUCAUCGAAGAGUGCCCAGUACUGGGGUGUGGAUCCAUAUCGAGUAGUAGAAGAUUAAUUCGUGUUUUUCCUUCAAACUCCACCAACCGUAAUUCGAAAUUUUAUAUGACAUCAUUAUUUUUUUUUUUUUUUUUUUUUGCUCCAGCUUCCCAUCUUGUUACCUUCAUUUUUGAAGUGUGCUCCAAAGUCCUUAAUGAGUUGUGUCUUUCUUGUAUUUUCUUCUCCCCUGCCCCUUCUUUUCCUAUCGCCUAUUGGGCUUGUAUGUUGUUUGAACUUGUUGAAUAUAUGUCAAUUCAUAAA